AUGAGCACCUUGCUGGGUCAGAUGGCAUCUCUAGUCCCGGUGGUGCAGAAGGUGACGGCAGUGAUGGAUGGGGCCUACACCUGCCAGGUGGAGACCCACGUCGGGUUCAAAAUGCUCAGCACCAGGAUCUGCCGCAGGUGCAUUGCAAGACUAAACCCUACAUGCGCCAAGGAACCUGUCGGCUGGGCUAGUGACGCCCUAAGAGCGCUUUGGGACGAACCACCAAAGACGCCAAGCACCACUAAAUUAGCAACUUGGGAGAAGAGGGUUUGUCCCAGUCAGGAUCUCACCACUGGCACCAACCUACCUGCUGAUCAGAACAACCCUUCAGCUGACCAGCAGGAGUCCCAAGGCAGUUCUCCUCCUUCCCAAUUGGUGGAUAAAAGGAAGACUCUGCUAGUGCUUCAAGGAGAGUCCCGGAUCAAGACCAAGACGGUGGUGAAGACUGUGACCAGCGGCAUUCAGGAGAGGAGUGUGCGCAUUACAUUUCUGACCGAGCGGAUUUGUAAGCAGGCUCCACCACCAGGGGAGGAGAUAGACAGAAUGCUGAGCAAUAGGGAGUCGCCCACACUCCGCAGAAAGUGCUCCGAUGUGUUGGAGCUGACCUGCAGCUGGAAGGAGAAGGAGCGGAAUGUACCGACAGAGGGAGAAUUUGGAGAUGGGCGCACCUGUAGCGUGGACACAGAGGAUAGUCGGUACUCUGAGUCAGAGGAAAGGGCCCUUGAGGCGGAGAGCGGCCAAGGUAAACCUGGACAGAUAGACAGCUCUAAACCAGGACAGACAAACCGCACUGAACCUGGACAGACAAACCGCACUGAACCUGGACAGACAAACAGCACUGAACCUGGACAGACAAACAACACUGAAGCUGGACAGACAGACAGCUCUAAACCUGGACAGACAGACACUUCUAAACCUGUAAAGCCAGAUAGCGCUGAGUCAUCCGGGGAGGCCAAGCAGAGGGACAAUGACAGCGUCUCACCGAAAGGGAAAAUUGAGUCAUGGGUGAGGGUUAAAAUACCCUCCAUCUUAGUGGGCAGAAAGGAGUUGGAUGACGCCAACAGGAUCAACGCUCUCUCAAGGAAGUACAGUGCCGUGGGCGAUCUGAAGAGCCGCUGGCAGAACUGGUCCUCGACGCACACCGUCAAGCAGAAGCUCAACCCCUUCAGUGAUGACUUUGACUAUGAAUACUCCAUGUCCCUACGCCUCCGCAAGGGCGAGGAGGGUUACGGACGUCCCAAAGAAGGCACGAAAACAGCCGAACGGGCCAGGCGAGCCGAGCAACACAUCCACGGUGAGAUAGCCGACAUGUGCUAUGUGAUCAGGACUAUGAACGACCCAGAUCCCGACGGGAAGACCCGCGUCACUUUCAGAGAACUGUUUGAUAGAUACGUACGCAUCUCUGACAAGGUGGUGGGGAUUCUUCUGAGAGCCAGGAGGCAUGGGAAGGUGGCGUUCAAGGGGGAGAUGCUGUGGCAAGGGCAGGACGACGGUGUUAUCAUCACCCUGUUGGUGUGACGUCAUCUGAGGUGGAACCAUACAGAACUAAGGAGACAUAAGUCCUUUUUAACGUUGAAUGAUUAUGCGCUGAUAGACGUGGAUAUUCUUCUCAAUAGGAACUUAGACAAUUUGCUGCUAUGGUUUACUGAAGAUUUGAUGUCAGUAUCUAACUCAAUAUUGUAUGUUAUUUUGUUGCUUACAGCUGCAGUGUAUUUAUUUCCCGUGGGCACCAGAGGUAAUGCUUGAACUUGAUUGAUUUGUGUUGGAUUAAAGCUUUUUACUAGCUUUUAAA